AUGGGUGCGAAGUUCAGAAACGACUUAGUAGAAACGAGCAUCACUAAUAAAACUUCUCAACGUAUCACAUGUACAAUCGUUUAUAGUGGAGCCUAUGGUGGUGUUGGGAAAGAACAAGAUGAUCCUAUUGUGAAAACAAUCGAUGAGAAUGAGGGAAAAUUAAUUAUCGAUAAAAAAACAUAUAUGUACGGUGAAAAAGAAAUAACGAAAAGAAUUAUACAAAUUACAGUUAGCCUAGAAACACCAAAGAAACAAAUGGAAUGUACACCAUUGGAACAAGGUUAUGUAUUUGAUGUUACUGAGAGUCAAAUUGUUGCAUCUCAAGUGAAAACCUAA